AUGUUUCAACAACGGGACGGGCUGCUCAGACACGAGCAGUCCCGGCUCGCCUCUGCUCACUAUGCUCACCUUGCGGCCCGUGUCUGCCCGUUUGAGGAAAUUGGCCCUGCAGCUAAUCCCGCGGGCGUGGACACCAUCUCCGAGCUGGGAUUGGCACCGGCCGGCAUGCAACCGCCAAAGAACCCGAACCCGCCUCGGUUUCGCUCGAUUUGGAUGCCUCGCGACGCCGCGCGCCGUCUCGCGAGUCACACUCCCAACCCGCACUCGUACGAACUGACUUCAUCCCGCUCUUCGACCAGUCACGGUCUUCCUCUUUUUACGACGCUUGCAAGCCUCGUCGACGCCUCUCAAGAACCCCCUCACCCCAAUUCUUGA